AUGCUAAAGAUAGUGACAGGACUGGUGAGCACAGCAUCAUCAUCAUCAUCAUCAUCAUCAUCAUCAGCAGCAGCAGCAGCAGCAGCAGCAGCAGCAGCAGCAGCAGCAGCAGCAGCAGCAGCAGCAGCAGCAGCAGCAGCAGCAGCAGCAGCAGCAGCAGCAGCAGCAGCAGCAGCAGCAGCAGCAGCAGCAGCAGCAGCAGCAGCAGCAGCAGCAGCAGCAGCAGCAGCAGCAGCAGCAGCAGCAGCAGCAGCAGCAGCAGCAGCAGCAGCAGCAGCAGCAGCAGCAGCAGCAGCAGCAGCAGCAGCAGCAGCAGCAGCAGCAGCAGCAGCAGCAGCAGCAGCAGCAGCAGCAGCAGCAGCAGCAGCACAGCAGCAGCAGCAGCAGCAGCAGCAGCAGCAGCAGCAGCAGCAGCAGCAGCAGCAGCAGCAGCAGCAGCAGCAGCAGCAGCAGCAGCAGCAGCAGCAGCAGCAGCAGCAGCAGCAGCAGCAGCAGCAGCAGCAGCAGCAGCAGCAGCAGCAGCAGCAGCAGCAGCAGCAGCAGCAGCAGCAGCAGCAGCAG